AGCCUGGCGGCGUCACUUCGUCUUUACUCUCAAUUUGAACAGCAAGUCGAACAUGGAACACUUGCAUCUCACCCUCUCCAUAUUUUUAUCUUUCCUGAUGGGUGUCAUGGCGAAAUCCACCCAGUAUUUACCCAGGAUGAUUUUCACAGAUAAAGACACCGCAGUUAAAAGGUUGUCUUUGAGCGGACACCACGCUCCGGUCAAGAUUAUCCCGCAGAGGCACCGUGACGCUGUCAUAGCUGUGGGACAACAAGAAGUGAUUUUGUAUGAUUUUCAAAAGCAUUUAGCAUCACAGUCUGAGGGCCAGGGGAAAGAAACUGGUUCUGAAUCUGGCAGUUCUGCAGCGAAUGCAUUGUGUGUGUGCAUCAUGGGAACAAUGCGAUCUUUCCUUUCUCUAUCAACGUCUGUCUUCCAGACUCCUGUGGAACAAACUGUGUUGUGGCACUGUGGUAACACCUCCGCUGCAGAAAGGAGUCAGGACUGCAGAAUCACAGUGUUCCAGGAGAUGAACGAGACAGACCUGGUGUUUGUGUGUGUGGCCGCUGACGCGGCGACACGGUGCUGUCAAAUGAAUGUAUCCUCAGCCUCUCCCUCGUGCACUUCUCCUUCCAAAGUUAAGAAAAUAGUCGACAGCAUGAAAUCAUCUGUUACAGCGAAAGUUGAACCGUCGAUACUUGUUGAAUCUGGAGAUUCUUCAAGCCUCUAUGUGACACGCUCUGGUCAGGAAAAUAGCGGCAUCUACAGGUUUGGAGAAAAAGUCAUCAAACCAUCUAACCAAAAUAAAGAGCAACACUUUGUGGGGUUGAUGUUCAACAGGAGGAAAGACGACCCCUUACAGAACAAAGUCUACGCCUUCUACAAGGCGAGAAACUGUGAAAACCACCCACAGAGUUACACGUGGACUCCGUUUGUCACUCAGGUUUGCAUGGCAGAUGUUGGCGGCUCCAAGAGCAAACUGCAGCGGAAAUGGACAUCCCAGAUGAAUGCCAAGCUCUUCUGUGGAAACGCAGACACCAAGCAGUCGUUUUCUGAGCUGGUAGAUGUGGCCGUUGUACAGGCAGCCAGGUGGCAGGACACCAGAGUUUAUGGACUCUUCAGAAACGAAUGGGGGAUGAGUGCCGUAUGUGUCUACACAAUACAAGAUAUUGACGACGUCUUCAAAAAUUCUAAAUUUAAAGGCUCAACCAAGGCUUUUCCAUUGGACAGGAAAAGGGAGUGUGUUGAAGACAGUACAAAGCUCCCAUAUGAGACUCUGGACAUGAUCGAGAGAACCUCAGAAAUGGAGCAGUGGGUCCAACCCAGGAACAAGUCAGGCCCGAUUCUCAUCAACCUCCACCACAACUACACCCACAUCCAUGUGGACACUUCCCAGCACAUGAUGAACAGUAACCAGGCAGUUCUGUUUAUUACACUGAAUAAUGGAGCCAUUCAUAAAGUGAUACACCGUGAGGGAGAGGUCUUAGUCGGUGCUGAGUACCAGGUCUUUACUAACCAUGUCCACAUCCUCAGUAUCAGCCUGCAAACAUCCUGUAGACGGCUCGUCGUGGCUUCUAACAGUGAACUGGUCCAUUUAGAUGUGGAGAACUGUGGCAAAUAUGGAGACAGCUGUGAUGAGUGUGUCCUGGCCAAAGAUCCUUACUGCAGCUGGGACAACAACCACUGUGUCCCUCACACACAUGAAGACGUGCAGAAUGGAACCGCCGUGGACUUUGACAUUUGUCCUCUUACGGUCAAAACAGGUAAAGAUGACAUUGUACAGAGGGUCACUCUCCCUUACGGCUCCAGGUAUUUCCUCCAGUGUCCGGUGACGUCCCGUCACGCCGUGUACCGCUGGAAUCACCUGAACAAGAAUACCAACUGCAGCGUUCAGGACCAGAGCUGCUUCCUUCACAUCGACCACGUCGGACCAAAAGAUGCGGGAACUUACACGUGUGAGUCCGAAGAGUUAGGCUACGUUAAAGUCAGGGCAAAGUACGACCUGUGGCUGGAGAGCAGAGCGGGGACUCAUCGGUCAGGCUGGCUGCCGUGGGUUGGUGUGGUGGUUCUGCUGGUGAAGAGUUUAUUCUGUUAGUGUUGACACAGAAGUGCAGACUAACAGGACGUUUUAGUUCAGACAUAUUACAUGUGCUGUGCUUGAAUACCAUAACACAAGGCGGGUAUUGUAAGGAAAUGAUAAUCUUCUGUCUUCAAAGCACCUUAAAUUAAACUCACGUAAAUUAUGGUAGCUUAGCGUAAAGUCAUAUAGUCUGUAUAUGGUCUAUAGUCUGUAUCUAUAUGUGUAUAAAUAUAGAUACAGACUAUAGACCAUAUAUACACCUGUGUAUAUACUGUACAUGUAAACAAUUCAACAGUCUGGAUUCAAAACCAAAGACAUCUCGAUGUCAUCUCAUAAUCUAUUUUCAACUAAAUGGGAUCACGUUGACGUGACGUUUCUUCCACAAGUUGACAUUUUUCUACAGGUAACAUUUGUGCUCAUCACAUAAAAACAGCCUUUGUUCUGCAAAAAAAGAAUGUAAAAUUGUAUAAAAUACUUGUCAAUGAUUCUAUAUCACAUAUAUAUAUAUAUAUUUUUUUUAAUAUAUAUACAGUAUCUGUACUUUUAGCUUGCAGUUAUUGUUAUGUUUGCAUUUAGUUUUCCCGUUAAUGUGAAACCGGGGAAAUAAAAAGCUACCUCUGCUCUGGUGUUGACACAGAGCCACUGUGUUUGUCCACAGUGAUUGUGCAGAACGUCCUUUUCACCUCUGCUAAGUGUGAAAACUAGAAGAAGCCGAUGCACUUUGCACUUCUUGCACACGUUUCAUUUUCAACUUUUGUCAACUUACUCUGGCCUCAGAAUCCGAUCAGUUGUUUUGACCUCUUUUACAUGAUAACUUUUUUCCCACCUUCUUCAUAAUUGAUCCAAAAGAAAUCAAGAAAAUCUUCCAACUCCAUCCUUGAUAAAAAUGAUUGACUUCUAUCUUCAAAUAAUACAGAAGAGGCCAGCAGGAGCUGAAAUCGUUUGUGAAAAUAAUUGUGAAAAUAAAACAUUUUUUUUUUAUCAGUU